AUGCUGGCGUUGGUGUUAUUUGCAUCUCUCACCGCCACUUUGGUUCGUGCAAUCGGCCAACCGAAAUGCGUGGCGACCGAACCUUCUCCUUCGACGUUUUCUGUCUUUCAGCAGGGUCAUGCUUCUACCAUCCUCCUCUCGGCCGACGAAUGGCAAGGUGUUCAACUUGCAGCAAACGACUUGUCAUCCGACAUCGAAAAGGUCACCGGUGUUAGGCCGACCGUUGCGAAUUCGAGCGACCAGUCACCCUCGCAUCCCAUCAUAGUCGGUACAUUGGGAAAGUCAACUCUCAUCGAACAAGUUGUGAACGUGACCGGUUUGAAUGUCUCGAGUAUCGAAGGCCAAUGGGAAUCGUUCAUGACGGCCAUCGUCGACAACCCGAUAUCCGGAGUGGAAACCGCGUAUGUGAUUAUAGGAUCUGAUAAACGAGGGACAAUAUACGCGUUGUAUGAACACUCUGAACAAAUGGGGGUGUCUCCGUGGUAUUGGUGGGCAGACGUGCCUACGGCGGGCCGCUUAGAGAUCUUUUUGAUAUCAUGCGCUCAUGGACCGCCUACUGUGAAAUACCGAGGAAUAUUUCUGAACGAUGAGCAACCGUGUCUGCAAAACUGGGCUGCGGAAAAGUUUACGAAUGGAACUGGUGCCGCGCUGACAGGCUCGCCUUUCAAUCAUUUGUUUUAUACUAAAUUGUGGGUCGCCCGUUUUGUUCGGCCUGAUUUCGUCGUGCCGACAGCUUCCUCCUUUAGGUAUAAGCUCUUGCUUCGUUUGAAGGCGAAUUAUCUCUGGCCAGGUUUCUAUCCUUUUUCACAGUGGAGCAGUGCUUUCGCUGUCGACGAUCCUGAAAGCCAGCGACUGGCUGAUGUCUACGGAGUCGUGAUGGGUACCAGCCAUGAAGAACCUAUGACGCGGUCUACGCCGGUUGAGUGGGAUCUAUUCGGCACUGGCGAUUGGAAUUACACGACAAAUUCUCAAAACAUUUAUCAGUUUUGGGUGGAAGGGGUCGAGCGUGCAAAACCUUAUGAGACCAUAUACACCAUAGGCAUGAGAGGCGCUGGCGAUCUUCCCUUGAGCGAGACAACUAAUAUCGAACUCCUGGAGAAAAUCGUCGCAGAUCAACGACAAAUCUUGACUGACGUUUUUUCCAAAUGUGAGCGUGGAAACGAUCCCUCAGACCAGGAGGUGGAGGGCUACUAUGACGAUGGGAUGAGAGUCCCCGAUGAUGUUACUCUUCUUUGGGCGGACGACACGUGGGGAAACAUGCGCCGCUACCCCGUCGAGAGUGAGCGGAAUCGUAGCGGAGGCGCCGGUGUUUAUUAUCAUUACGAUCUCGUUGGCCCUCCCAGAGAUUACAAAUGGAUUACUACCACUCAACUAUCCAAGGUCUAUGAACAAAUGUCGAUAGCAGUGGAGCGCGACGCAACACGCAUUUGGAUAGUCAACGUUGGUGAUCUCAAGCCAUACGAAUUAUCGACAGAGUUUUUCUUAUCAUAUGCGUGGGACGCGUCCCUCUGGAACCCUGAUAACCUGAACACCUUUGUGUCGAGUUGGGCACAACGAGAAUUCGGUUUGUCAGUUCCUGACGCUGAUAUUGUGCAAGACGUCAUCGCCAAUCUGACGCGGUUCAACGCGAGACGCAAGCCAGAGCUCUGGAACUCGACGACAUAUAGUCUUGUCAACUAUCGGGAGGCAGAAACCGUUGUAGCAGCAUGGGAUACGCUUGUCGGUGCAGCAACAAAGAUAUACGAUCAACUUCCUGAGGAAACGAAACCGUCAUUCUUCCAGCUGGUCUAUCAUCCAGUCGUCGCAAGCGCCAAUCUGGGUAAGAUGCUCAUCUCAGCAGGACUGAACAAUCUACGUGCCUCCCAAGCGCGUCUGACUGGAGACAGGAAUAUCACUACGCUGCUUGAUGGUAAAUGGGAUCAUAUGAUGGAUCAGACGCAUGUUGGGUAUUACUAUUGGCAGCAGCCAAUGAUGAAUUCAAUGCCUCCCAUCACGCGAGUCCCGCCAAAGAAACAAGCCUUGGCUGGUGAGCUUGGCCUGGUGAUAACCCCUAAUCAGUGUGCACAAGGAUACAACUGCCCUCCACCAACAAUUGUCUUGGAUUCCUUCGAUACCUUCCAGAAUCGAUUCAUCGACGUGGGCGCCGGUGGUCCUGUCCCGUUCACAUUCAGUAUCAUCACCAAUGCAUCCUGGGUAGUGCUCAAUGCGACUCAUGGUGAAGUGUCACCAGAGGAUCCAGAACAACGCGUGUACAUCUCUGUGUCCGACUGGAAUACACUCGAUGCGGGGGACUCCUAUGCUAACAUCACGUUCACCGCACAUGCAGAAGGCCAACCUGAUCUCUCUGUACCUGUCUUCUUCGUUGCCCAUAAUACAAUGCCUAGCUUGGCGUCUGAUUUCAGUGGAUUCGUGGAAGGUGCAGGAGUGGUUUCGAUGGAAGCUGCGCAUGCGAUUCGCAAUACGUCAGUUGAUGGCGUCUACUGGAGAGAGUUGCCAGGCAUUGGACGCACGCUCUCUGGGAUGACACCGUGGCCUCGAACUGGACAUGAUGGAGGGAAUUUUACUGCAGGUUCAGGACCGUCUCUGGAAUAUGAUUUCUUCACCUUCAACAACAUGACUGAGGCGACGCCCGUGGCUGUAUAUGUCUCUCCGUCACUGAAUGCGAACGGGCUGGAUCGACCUCUCGGGGUCGCGAUAGCGCUAGACGGGGAAGUCAUAUCGUCAUAUUUCAUACCUCCCUCCGCUCCGGGUACCGAGCCAGCAGCAUGGGGCGGUUACGACGGGUUUGUCGCUAACUCUAUUGUUCCGAUACAGUUAUCAUUUACCGGAAUCGAACCUGGCUCACACACCUUGAAGAUAUUUAUGAUCGAGCCGGCAGUAGUUGUGCAGAAAAUUGUCAUUGAUGUCGGUGGUCUGGAAUCAAGCUAUCUAGGCCCUCCCGAGAGCAUCUUAAUGUAAUUCAUAUGAGGACCGUCGUUGUUUUCGCUACUUGCUAAAAAAUAAUUUACACAAAUAAUAAGUACUUUUAGAUACACCGAUCAAGAUAUUAGAACUGACGAGGACUAUUACGUUGUCAGAGUUAUCAGAAUCGUACUGGGGCUACAUAGAUAUACAUCCUCCAUCCCUCCAUUGUCGAAUAAUCCUGGUUUACACGGGUUGCAUUCUUUUGACCUGCCGUUCCCAGGUAAGGGAAGAAAUACACAUAAUAUCAAUCGUUUUAAAAGGCCAGGUCACCCAGUUCCCACCCGUUCGAGCGGGGCCACUUGUCAGACCCAUAUCAUCUAGGAGAUCGUCGGUGUAUUGCGGCCAACUGUGGCGCAUCGUAAGUUCACUGAUCCAUCAAAACGAGG